UGUUAAAAAGCCUGUGAACUGUUUACCAGGCUUCACACACACAAUCUAACGGCUGGAGCUCAAAGCCCAGAAGGUGUAAAGGUUAACCCCAAAUGCAACUGUGCACCCUGCAUCCUGACAACCGAGGGAUUAUUUGCAAGGAAUUCUGCUCUUUGCCAUCACAGCUUUCGCACUUUGGGAUUACAGACCAUACGGAUCCUUAAACCGCUACAUCAGUCAGAACAAAACGGAUGUCAGUGUGGUGGUUAGAGAUGGGAGAGGGUCUGGGGCCUCUCUCCCCUGUAGGAUGGUAGCCGACGGCACGGUCGAAGGCCAUGACAAGACCCGCUUGUCAAGCUUGUCAUCAUCAUCAUCCUCAUCCUUGUCUUCCUCCUCCUCCUCAACACUUCGCACCGAAGUGGAGCAGCUUCAGCGUCAAGCCAAUCAACACCGUAGAACGCCCUCCGUCUAUCUGACUCACUUUCCGACGUUCACCUGCAAGGAGGACUGCAGAAUCAUCACAGACACAGCGUCCAAGCUCGAGCGCUGCGGCUUCUACUGGGGUCCCCUGGGAGUGGAGGACGCUCACCGCAUGCUUCGGGACGCCCCGCUCGGCAGCUUCCUCAUCCGUGAUAGCCGUCAGAAAGACGUCUUCUUCACGCUGUCCUACCACGCCAAGACGGGACCGGUCAGCGUGCGCAUUGACUACAAGCGCCAGAAGUUCUCACUAGCGGGCAACCUGCGGUCUUUCCAAACACUCUUUGCCCUCUUGGAGCAUUACAUCAAUUCUCCUAAGAAGAGCUUGAGCGUCCCUUACAGGAAAUGGGAACCGACGCUGCAGGAGCUGUGCAGGAAGCGCAUCUUGGAGCUGUGUGGAGGGGCAAGCCAGGUUCCAGAGCUGCCGCUCACACAUGUCGCCCAAGACUUUCUGUUGGAAUUCCCUUACAAACUGUAACCAGCUUACCAUACAAACUGUUGACAGUAUUAUUUAUAAUUUCAAGAAGGUCGCCCUUACCAAGUAACAGCAAGGGAUUGGUAAAGCCUGUCUGCGACUCAGUGGAGAUUGAGACUGCUGUGAUAUGGUUACAGGGAAAACCCUUUGAGCUGAAAAGCUCCCAAAUGCUCGAAAAGGGAGAAGACGUUAGCAGUCGAGUGCAGACAGCCUCCAGCUGGAGUGGGUUUGUGGCUGACAUUUCAACAUAUAUUACCUCUAGAGACUCAACUCCCAGUUUCACAUGGACAGAGCACCUGUUGCUCUUGAGGAAGUAUGAAAAGUUGGGAUGUGCUGCAUUAAAAGAAAACUACAGACACAACAGAGCUAUUUUAGAGAUGAAAGAACCGGUGGGCUCGCCUGUGAAUGCCGCCGUUCCACUGGAAACUGUAGUCCAACAUAAAUAUUAUCCAAGGACGUUAAGAGAGCGGACAUUUAGACGCAUGGAGGGAUGGCGGAGGGUACUGUUGCCAUGCCACAAGGGAGAUAUAUUUUUGUAGCAGGUUUAAAUACUCUAAUAAUGUGGAAUGUUUACAUCACACAUGAAUGUCAAUCAGCACUGACUCUCGAACUGUCAUCUGUCUCAUUCUUGAAAACCCAACGGAGGAUGUCAGUGUCGAAGACAGGCCUCAAACACAUGUACUGUAACUCUUAGCUCUCCUGUCUCCCUCACAAAGCUCACAUGUGAGAGUUUCGUGACUGAAUUGAACAUAUUUUUUUAACAUGUCUUAUUAUUCUAUUUUAAAUAAAGUAUUUA